UCAGGCUUUCACGCCGCAAAUUCCAAAAAUUAAAAAAACAGAAUCAUAGAGAAAGAGAGAGUCUUCUGUUGGCCUCUUUAUCAGAGUCCGACCGGUGACUCCGCAAAUUCUCGGGUUGGCGGAGCUUCCUAUUCGGAUCCAAAAUCUCACAAUACCACCCUCUCAUAAAUAUGGAAGAAGCCUCCCUUAGCAGUGAGCAGGUGCCCGAUAGUGAGUGCAAUGAGAUUCAAAAAGAAGAAGAUGGUGUAAUGACAGAAUUAGAUUAUCAAAAUGGUCUCUCUGAAGGAAGGAAGGAGUUUGUUGCACCUGCUGUUGGAAUGGAGUUUGAGUCAUAUGAUGAUGCUUACAAUUACUAUAAUUGCUAUGCUAAGGAAGCGGGGUUUCGCGUUAGAGUGAAGAAUUCAUGGUUCAAGCGUAAUAGCAGAGAGAAGUAUGGUGCAGUACUUUGUUGCAGCAGCCAGGGUUUUAAAAGAGUUAAAGAUGUAAAUCGUUUAAGAAAGGAAACAAGAACCGGUUGCCCUGCAAUGAUAAGAAUGAGGUUAGUUGACUCCAAAAGGUGGAGGAUACUUGAAGUUACACUUGAACACAACCAUUUAUUAGGUACCAAGGUCUACAAAUCAAUUAAGAAGAUGGGCAGUGGAACUAAAAGGAAAUCAGAGUCAAAUUCCGAUGCAGAAGUACAAACAGUCAAGUUGUACAGAGCACUUGUGAUAGAUGCAGGAGGCAAUAGGGGCUCAAAUUCAAAUGCAAGAGAAGUCGGGAAUUUCACUGAUCAUCCCAAUCAGCUGAGCCUAAAAAAGGGUGACACACAAGCCAUUUAUAACUAUCUCUGCCGUAUGCAAUUGGCUAAUUCGAACUUCUUUUACUUGAUGGAUCUCAACAACGAAGGGCGUUUGAGGAAUGUGUUUUGGGUUGAUGCUAGAUCUAGGGCUGCAUGUUGUUACUUUAGUGAUGUUAUUUAUUUUGACAACACAUAUUUGUCAAACAAAUAUGAGAUCCCUCUGGUGGCACUUGUUGGAAUAAAUCACCAUGGCCAAUCGGUAUUGCUUGGGUGUGGCCUGCUUGCAGGUGAGACAACAGAAUCUUAUAUUUGGUUGUUCAAAGCUUGGCUUACGUGCAUGUCAGGACGCCCUCCACAAACUAUUAUUACUGAUAGGUGUAAGGCUUUGCAGAGUGCAAUUGCAGAGAUGUUUCCAAAAUCUCUCCAUCGUUUUGGUUUGUCACACAUUAUGAAAAGAGUUCCAGAAAAAUUGGGAGGGUUACGCAACUAUGAUGCAAUCAGGAAAGCAAUGAUUAAAGCAGUUUAUGAAGCUUUGAAGGUGAUCGAAUUUGAAACUGCAUGGGUAUUUAUGGUCCAGCGAUUUGGAGUUGGUGAUCAUGAGUGGCUUCGAUCUUUGUAUGAAGAUCGAGUUAGGUGGGCACCGGUUUAUCUGAAAGACACAUUUUUUGCUGGAAUGUCUGCUGCACGUCAAGGUGACAUACUGAAUCCUUUUUUUGAUAGAUAUGUGCAUAAACAAACUCCUUUGAAAGAAUUUCUUGAUAAGUAUGAAUUGGCUCUACAUAAGAAGCACAAGGAAGAAGUCCUUGCAGAUAUUGAGUCAAGAAGCUCAAGCCCCUUACUGAAAACAAGAUGUUCUUUUGAGUUGCAGCUCUCCAAAGUGUACACAAGAGAAAUAUUUAAGAAGUUCCAAUAUGAAGUGGAAGAGAUGUAUUCUUGUUUUAGCACAACACAGUUGCACAUUGAUGGGCCAAUCGUAAUAUUCUUGGUCAAGGAGCGUGUUUUGGGUGAGGGAAAUAGGAGGGAGAUUAGGGAUUAUGAAGUUCUAUACAACAGAACAGCAGGUGAGGUUCGUUGUAUUUGCAGUUGCUUUAACUUCUAUGGGUACCUAUGCCGGCACGCAUUGUGUGUGCUUAAUUUUAAUGGGGUGGAGGAGGUUCCUCCUAAAUACAUUCUGUCACGAUGGAAAAAGGAUUACAAGCGCUUGUACAUUCCUGAUGUUGGCUCUGUUAGUGUAGAUGCUACUGAUCGUGUGCAGUGGUUCAAUCAAUUAUACCGAAGUGCCUUGCAAGUUGUUGAGGAGGGGGUGAUUUCUCUAGACCAUUACAACGUGGCAUUGCAAGCUUUUGAGGAAUCACUGAAUAGGGUUCAUGAUGUAGAUGACAGGCAGGCAUUGCCAGCUUUUGAGGAGUCAUUGAAUAGGGUUCAUGAUGUAGAAAGCAGACAGGAAUAACUUUCUUUUUUGUGAUGAUGGUCGAAGAUCCCUUCUUCAACUACCAUGUUAAUCUUAUUUUUAUUCCCUCCCUUUUUCUCGAGGGCUGCUUCCAUCCGUUCUUCAUGCAGAAUGUCCAUAACAUAUAUAAUAUAGAUAGGUGCAAUGGGUCAGCUUGCAUGUUGCCUAUUCUUACAUCUUAAUUUACAUAGUUUUCUUUCCCUUUCUUUUUUGACAUUUCAAAUUAUGUCAGCUGUGUUACUCUUCUAGGCAGAUAACAUUAAGUAUAUAGCACGUUUCUGGGUUAAUGUAGGCUUAUCCUUUUCCAGACUUGUUUCUGGGGUUUGAUGUAUAUACUGACAACUUUUUGUUUCUGUUAAUAUAAUUCUAAUUUUUGACAUA